AUAUUCAAUAAUCAGUGAAUCGAAAUAAACUUCCGUGUCCUCUGCUCAGCAAAAAAUUUCGAUGGUGCAUGUAUGUGAAGAAAUGCGUUGGAUAUUGAUAACCAUUUUGUUUAAAUCAGUUGUGACCCAGAACACUCAUUACGACUGCUUUGGGGCUGGCCUAAUGGACGGGAACUGUUCAUCCACUCAAAAGAUCUACCCACUAGACGUCGUAGUCGGAACAAAACAUAGAUCGUUGAAUUGCUCAAUGGAAUAUACAAGAGACCUUAAUUGGACAACGACUCAGUUUGACAUGUGCUGUAAGCCGGAGCCAGGUGAUAAUUGUGUAGGGAAAUAUAUCAAUGUGGGUAACCCAUUGAGUACGUUCAUCUUUUAUGAAUAUUGCAUUGGACGGAGCACAUGUCUUGUCCUACAAGUACCACGCGUGGAUACCGCUUAUCUGUCAUGCGACCAAACCCAGUAUUAUGCUCAAACAACGUUUAUGGCCAUGGAGUAUGAGUGCAUUGAGGAAUCGAAGAUAGGAACAGUCAACACUGCAGUGAAUAAACAAUCUGAUCCUGGUGAAAGUGUAUAUCUUAAAGGAGAAAGCUACGAAACGCCUCUACUCGGCGUGUUAGCUUCUGUUUCAACACAGUCAUGUUCCGUUGAAGCGUCUUCGUGUGAAAGCAUCAUUUCCAUAGAUGUUCUGGAUCUUCGGUUGGCUAAUGGUGGUGAUACAUGCAAUCAAAGCAUUAUUAUCGUGGACGGAGAUAGGACAACAACGUUAGAUUGUUCGUCCAACAUUAACUUCACUAGUUACAGUGUCCAAUCUAGAAGUAGUUACUUGAACGUAACGUUUGUAAAUUCCCUGAGUUCAAAUGGUGGCCAUUUCUGGUUUGGAUUUAGAACUGAUCGCCCUGAGACAGUGCGCCUGGAAUGUCCAGCAAAGGCUCCUCAAAACGAAUGUAUCACCACAACUACAGACACAACAACUACGACCGAACUGACAACGACCAGUACCGAAUCAGUUACAACUAGUACUGAACCAGCUACAACUAGUUCCCAGUCAGAUACAACCACUUCUGAAUCAGAUACAACCACUUCUGAAUCAGAUACAACCAGUAUCGAAAGAAACACUUCAAGCACAUUUUCUGUAACAACGUCAGCAACAACAGGACAGGAAGUCCCUAAAUCAGUAGACAAAAUGAUAAUCAUUGUGGUUGUGGUUGUGGUUGUAAUCGUGGUUGUGCUCAUGGUUGUAAUCAUAGCAUGGAGGGUAAGGUUGAAUAAUAGAAAUUAUAAAGUUGGACCUGAAACUUCAACGGGUGAAAAUGAGAAUGAAAAUACGACAGAAAACAACACAAAUGAUACAAAUACCUUAGAUGUCGAAGCACAGCAAAUAUCAGGAACUGAUCCGGAUAGAUGUACUAAUGGAAAUGACGUAGCGAGAAACCAUGACGUUAACGCACCUGUUGGCAAUAAUGUCAGUAAGAACAAGAAGAAAAAGGAGAGAAAGAAGAAAAAGAAAGGCACGAGAAAACAUGAACAAAAAGGAACAAAUAUGACAAAUGAUCACGAAAUAACACCGCUAAAGGAAAGACUGGAUCAAUCGAAUUUCGAUCGGGAAGCGGUUGAUCCGUCGAGUGAAGAUCAAAGAAUGAAUAGUACAUAUUUGUAUAAUGCAGUAACAUUUAUGGACGAUGAAAGUAAAUCUAGACAUAAGAAAAAGAAAAAGCGAAGGCAAGCUGAACCUAGAAAUGAGAUUGAAAUGGCAAUCGAAGGGAAUUCAGAACUCCAAGUUGAGCAUCAGAAUGAUAAUGAAGAGAAAUCAAGAACUGAUGUUUUAGAGGAAAAUACUGAUGUAAAGAAAAAGAAGAAAAAGAAAAAGAAAUCAGCAGUUGAUAUGACCAAUGAUGAGGAUAUGAAUGGCGAAACACACAAAAAAUCCAAGAAGAAAAAGAAGCACAGGGAUAGACGUGAGACUAAUGAUACCGAAAGCAACUUGAUUCAAACCGAAACAUUACAAUAAACACUACGUAUACAAAAAAAACCAUUCUUCAUGAUUAAUGAUAUUCUAUUAGAAAUGUUGUAUUACUGAUUUAUUGAAAAAGAAUUUUACUUAAUAAUAUUUAAGAUCCAUUUUUUGUAACCACUUAAACAUUUGUAUAAGGGUCCAGUACCCAUCAUCACCGAUUUGUUUUUUCAAAUUUGGCGCAACGACUUAACCUGGCACAAGUAAUGUAAAACCAUUAUAAUGUUCUUGCUAUGCAAUUCCGGUGCCAUAAUAACUCGUACAUGCCAUUCAGGGAAAGAGAAUAUCCAAGAAGAAACAAAAACAUUAACAAGAGAAAAUUAUGAUGAUGUCACAUACAACUGAAAAUUUGCAGUGGACAAGAAAACAUGUAACUAUUUUUUCACGAAAAAUGAAAUUCCAUGAAGUAGACGUUUUAUCGAACAACAUUAUUUAUAUAUAAAUUAUGUCCUUUCGAUAUGUGUCAAUGAACUCGAAAUAAAAAAAAACCCCACA